UUCUGACAAUAGAACGAUAUUACUUCCCAAUAACAGGUAAUAGUUAUAUGGCUUUAGGAUUCACCCCCUGUUUUUUUCUUUUUUUUUUUCUUUUUGUUUUUUAAACACAUUGCCCCGCAAUAAGAUUUUUUCCCGUGUCGUGGGUGCGUUUACAAACAUACAAUUUCAUAAACAUAUCACAUCCAGACCCGAAACAACAAUUUGUGGAUCAUACAAACAGUUGCUCUAUGCGGGAAUCGUACCCGCUACACGUUACUCGGCAGCCGGU